AUGUCUAAAAGACGAAUUGAAGUAAUGGACCCUUUUAUUAAGAGAAAAAGGGAGGAGAAGGCAGCAGCUGCUGCCAAGGCGGGUGCUACCAAUGAUUCAUCUUCAGAAGCCGUUGCCUCGUUAGGAGCAGCAGUGCCAGCAACUACAAGUACCCCAGGGAUAAACCCAUUCACAGGUCUACCACACUCCCAACGCUACCAUGAGCUUCUACGUCGACGACUCGGUCUCCCAGUGUGGGAGUACAAGAAUGACUUCAUGAGACUCCUCAAUACACACCAAUGUGUAGUAUUGGUUGGUGAGACAGGUUCCGGAAAAACAACGCAAAUACCACAGUGGUCUGUAGAGUUUGCUGCGGUUACGGCUGGCAAAUCCACAGGUGUAGCAUGUACUCAGCCGAGAAGAGUGGCUGCUAUGUCCGUUGCCCAGAGAGUGGCAGAGGAAAUGGAUGUUGCUUUGGGUCAACAAGUUGGUUACAGUAUUCGUUUUGAAGAUUGUUCAGGACCCCAAACCGUAUUGAAAUACAUGACAGACGGUAUGUUGUUAAGAGAAGCUAUGUCAGAUCCAAUGUUGGAGCAAUACAGGGUUAUUUUACUUGACGAGGCUCAUGAAAGAACUCUGGCCACGGAUAUCCUUAUGGGAGUCCUGAAAGAAGUGAUAAAGCAAAGGUCAGACUUGAAAUUAGUUAUUAUGUCAGCUACGUUAGAUGCUGGCAAGUUCCAGCAGUACUUUGAUAAUGCCCCACUCAUGAAUGUUCCGGGAAGGACUCAUCCUGUAGAAAUUUUCUACACACCACAACCGGAAAGGGAUUACUUGGAAGCAGCAAUACGAACUGUCAUACAAAUCCAUUUAUGUGAAGAGAUUGCGGGAGAUAUUUUACUGUUCUUGACUGGUCAAGAAGAAAUAGAGGAUGCCUGUAAGAGAAUAAAGAGGGAAAUAGAUAAUUUAGGUCCAGAAGCUGGUGAACUUAAGUGCAUUCCACUGUAUUCAACUUUACCACCGAAUUUGCAGCAAAGAAUCUUCGAACCAGCUCCUCCGAACCGUGCCAAUGGUGCUAUAGGGAGGAAGGUUGUUGUUUCUACAAAUAUAGCUGAAACAUCAUUGACCAUUGAUGGUGUAGUGUUUGUGAUAGACCCUGGAUUUGCAAAGCAGAAAGUGUACAAUCCUCGUAUCAGAGUGGAGUCCCUGUUAGUGUCACCAAUCAGUAAGGCCUCUGCCCAACAGAGAGCAGGCCGUGCUGGACGUACUCGGCCCGGCAAGUGCUUCAGACUUUACACGGAAAAGGCCUACAAGAAUGAAAUGCAGGAUAACACUUAUCCAGAGAUUCUGAGAUCAAACUUAGGAUCUGUAGUUUUGCAGUUGAAAAAGCUGGGUAUCGACGACCUGGUGCAUUUUGACUUCAUGGACCCGCCGGCGCCCGAGACCUUGAUGAGGGCACUUGAGUUAUUGAACUACCUGGCCGCCUUGGAUGACGAUGGCAACCUCACGGACUUGGGUGCGGUGAUGGCAGAGUUCCCGCUGGACCCACAGCUGGCCAAGAUGCUGAUAGCCAGUUGCAAUCACAACUGCUCAAAUGAGAUCCUCUCUAUCACAGCCAUGUUGUCUGUUCCCCAGUGCUUUGUGAGGCCGAACGAAGCCCGCAAGGCGGCUGACGAAGCGAAGAUGCGCUUCGCUCACAUCGACGGUGACCACCUCACGUUACUCAACGUGUACCAUGCGUUUAAACAGAACAUGGAGGACCCGCACUGGUGCUACGAUAAUUUCAUCAAUUACAGAUCACUGAAGUCUGGUGAUAAUGUCAGGCAACAGCUUAGCAGAAUCAUGGACAGAUUUAACUUGAAGAGGACGAGCACAGAGUUCACAAGUAAAGACUACUAUAUCAAUAUACGAAAGGCACUUGUCAAUGGAUUCUUUAUGCAGGUGGCACAUCUAGAAAGGACCGGUCACUAUCUAACGGUGAAGGACAACCAAGUGGUCCAGCUCCAUCCCUCUACGUGCCUUGAUCACAAGCCGGACUGGGUCAUAUACAACGAGUUUGUACUAACCACAAAGAAUUACAUCAGAACUGUUACUGAUAUUAAACCGGAAUGGCUAUUGAAAAUAGCACCCCAGUACUACGAACUGAACAACUUCCCACAAUGUGAAGCACGACGGCAACUGGAACUGUUGCAGGCCAGGCUGGAGUCCAAGGCCUACCAGGAAGGCUUCUAG